AUGACGGAUCUUUUGAAAUCGGUCCUCUUCCUGAACAUCAUCGUCCUCGAUGGGACCCAGGGAGUGAAGAAAGCGGUCAAGGAGAAGAUUGACAAGACCAACAUGCCACAACCCAUCAAGGAUGCCGCCAAAAAGAUUGGAGCCAAGGCCGCUUCCAAAUUGGCCACACCCACCACCAUUGCCACCAAAAUGAGUCAAGAAAUGCCCAAGAAAAUGCCACUCGAAAUGGCGGAAAAGGGCAUGACCGUAACAGCCGAAGCCGUCUUUCAAGAAGGACCCUACGUUGUCAUUCAAUUGCAAGUACAAAAACUAAAUUCCGUGCUCAUGGCCGAAGUCAAAGCACUGGAAGACAAGGAAACCGAUUGGACAUGGCUCAUCCGAUUAUUGACGUGGUUCUUGUCGCUCCUCGGAGCAACCCAUCAGAAAACACUCGAAGAAGAAUACUUGCCGCGAAUCGUACAAGCCAAAAUGGAACCCAUGAUGAACGAAAUGCUCAAAGUGCGUCUCGAAGAAGAAAUGAAAAUGGAAGCGACAACACAAGUGUUGGGCGAAGAGAAACAAGCACGAUACUUUUUCCAGAAACUAAAAGAGAUUCGAAAAGAUGCCAAAAAAGGAAAGUAG